AUGAAAAUAAUAACUGUCAAUUUUGUGACCUGUGCAGUGAAGGAGUGCAAGACCUCACCCUCUUCAUUUCCCUUACACUUUCAUGAUGCGGAACUCGAACUCCAGGAAGUAGACUUCCAACCGGAAUUCAUUCGCAAUGUCAUCCCUCGCAUCGACUGGGAAGGCCUUCGAGCUACUGCGAAUGAGUUAGGAUUCCCGAGUCUCCCGGAAUCGAAGCCGGAGGGGGAAGCACUCAACAACGAACAAACACUGAAGGACUUGCAUCGACUAUUAUUGGAGACCCAGGUCAUGGAUGGAAAGCUAGUCUGCGGAAAUUGUGGCCAUGAGUAUGUGAUCAAAGAAGGCAUUGCCAAUUUCUUGCUUCCAAGCCACUUGGUCUAA